AUGCACCAACACGACGACCAGCGCAUGGAGCGCAUUGGUAUGCCCGAGGCGGUCCUGUGCUCGGCCAAAACCGAUGUCCAGUUGCUGGCUAUCUGCCAAGAGCUGACCGACCGACCGGACCCGGUGCUGUUCACCCGACUCACCAAGGACCGGUUCCAUGCCUUGCCUGACUCGAUCAGCACAGCUUUGGACUACGACCCGGUGAGCCAAACAGCACAUGCAAACGGGUCGCUGCCAGCUCGUUUGGGACACGUCGCGGUAGUAGCGGCAGGUACAUCCGACCAACGAGUCGCGGCCGAGGCGUCUCGCACGCUCGAGUUCAGCGGCGUCUCGGUUGAGACCAUCGUCGAUGUUGGUGUAGCCGGCAUUUGGCGACUCGAAGCACGGAUCGAGGACAUCGGGGCCGCGGACAUCGUGAUCGCCGUCGCCGGCAUGGAUGCCGCCAUCGUGUCGGUACUGGGCGGGCUGGUUGGCUCGCCAAUCAUCGCGGUGCCCACCUCGGUCGGCUAUGGCGUCGCGACCGGCGGCACUACCGCCCUGAACAGUGCACUCGCCAGCUGCGCUCAAGGUGUCGCAGUGAUGAACAUCGACAACGGCUUCGGCGCUGCGUGUGCAGCAAUUCGCAUGCUCGGUCUACUCGACACCGCUACAUGA